AGACAAGAUUUAGGUGAGUGAUGGAUCAUAUUUUAUGGGAACAGAUUUUGAAAUUAAACCGCAAUGUACAUGUCCUUAUUUCUGUGUUUUUCUCCAGAAUUCUCAACUUGACUCAUUGCAGAGAUGAUAAUGCUACAUAUUCCAGCUGGGUAGUUUCCACAUCAUUCAAUAGUUUCCAGUGAAAAUGCUAAAGCAGCUGCAGUUUUUCCUUCUGUUGGGAACAUUAUUUAUCAUGUUCUUCAUAAUAGUUCACUGGGAUGAUGUGAGAGAUGGGACUUUUUAUCUGCACGUGGCUCCAUCAUCUCCUGCAUUUCCCACAAACAUGAUGUCCUCUGGACACUGGAUAAGUGAGGAUUCAUUUCUCUGGAAAGAGUCAAGCAGGUCAGUCAAACCAAACCUGACAAUCAUCACAACUCACCUAAAACAUGACCUAACACAGACUUUUACGCAGUCUUCUCCAACACACCUCGAACUGCGUCAAGCACAUCGUAGACAUUUAAUAAGAGAACUAUGCUCAGCCAAUAGCAGCUUCAACUUCCCUGGAAAAUUUAAGACAUUUGACCAGAUUCCAAGCAAAGCCCUGGACCAUCUCAUUGUGGAUGAUCAUCAUGGUGUUAUUUACUGCUUUGUACCGAAGGUAGCCUGUACCAACUGGAAACGAGUCAUGAUUGUGCUCAGCCAAAGCCUGAAGGCACCUGAUGGAGCUCCGUAUCUGGAUCCUCUUGACAUACCAUCAGCGUUAUCCCACAAUGCUACUCUGCAUCUGACAUUUAACAAGUUUUGGAAGCUGUUUGGUCGUUUCUCUCGUCCUUUGAUGCAUCACAAACUGAAGAAUUACACUAAGUUCCUUUUUGUACGGGAUCCUUUUGUACGACUUAUUUCUGCUUUCCGGAACAAGUUUGCUCUGCCUAAUGAGGAUUUUUACAGACAGUUUGGCUCUGUAAUGCUUCACCGUUAUGCUAAUAUUUCAAAGCCCCCUGACUCCGCUCAAGAAGCCUUCGCUGCAGGUAUCAGAUUGUCCUUUACUCACUUUAUUAAGUACCUGUUAGAUCCACAGACUGAGGAGGAGAAGCCAUUCAAUGAGCAUUGGCAGCAGAUGUACAGACUCUGCCAUCCGUGCCAAAUUGAGUAUGACUUUGUUGGGAAACUGGAAACACUUGAUGAGGAUACAGAACAUUUGUUGAAGAUUCUUGGGAUGGAAAAUCAGGUUCGCUUUCCCCCAGGGUACCGCAACAGGACAGCUGCAAACUGGGAACGAGACUGGUUUACAAACAUUUCAGUAGCUGACAGGAGAGAACUGUACAAUCUUUAUGAAGCAGACUUCAGAUUAUUUGGAUAUGACAAACCUGAGACACUUCUGGACGAGUGA